UUCCCGGAGGCGGUGCUUGGCCCGGAUCCCGGCUGGGGCUGGGAAGGAGAGGACCUGGGUGAGGAGCUGCUGCCACCCGGGCUGGGCCAGGACCUGAGAUCUCAUUGCUCCUGCUGCCGCUGCUGCCUGGGGGACCUUUCUGAGACCCAGGUCGGGGACAGUGCCGGAGGGGCCUCCUCUGCUGCAGACAUCUGGAACCAGGUGCAGAUGGGUCUCUUCCUUCCUGCCCCCAUCUCCCUCACUCCCUGCUCAGUGCGGCACUCUCCAGCUUCCUGUGGGAAUCGUCUGAAGUUCUGAGCCCGGAAGCCAAGGAGGAAGACGAGGAGGAGGAGGAGGAGGAGGAGGAGGGAGAGGAAGUCAAGCCCUGAGAACUCUUGCACCUUCCUAGCAGGAGACAAGGAGCAACCCUGCCGUGGGGCCCCCAGCCCCAGCCAGGCCUAGUGCCUGCUGUAGCACCCUAGAAGGCCCCCAGCAGUUGGCACUAGCUGUACCCACCUUGCCUGGGGCCCCCGUGCUGGGGGUUGCCCCCAAGAUGGUGGCGGCCCCAGGGAGGACUGUACUGCCAGCCCCAGUCUCUGGCCGCUAGGCACCCCCUGCCUUGCCCCGGCCCCUCACUCCAAGGCCAGCGCCAUGCUGCGCCUGGGGCUGUGGGCGGCGGCGCUGCUGUGCAUGUGCCGGCCGGGUGCCGUGAGUGCCGACUGCUGGCUCAUUGAGGGCGACAAGGGCUACGUGUGGCUGGCCAUCUGCAGCCAGAACCAGCCGCCCUACGAGACCAUCCCGCAGCACAUCAACAGCACCGUGCAUGACCUGCGGCUCAACGAGAACAAGCUCAAAGCCGUGCUCUACUCCUCACUUAACCGCUUUGGGAACCUCACCGACCUCAACCUCACCAAGAACGAGAUCUCCUACAUCGAGGACGGUGCCUUCCUGGGCCAGUCGAGCCUGCAGGUCCUGCAGCUGGGCUACAACAAGCUUAGCAACCUGACGGAGGGCAUGCUGCGCGGCAUGAGCCGCCUGCAGUUCCUCUUUGUCCAGCACAACCUCAUCGAGGUGGUGACGCCCACCGCCUUCUCCGAGUGCCCGAGCCUCAUCAGCAUCGACCUGUCCUCCAACCGCCUCAGCCGCCUGGACGGCGCCACCUUUGCCAGCCUCGCCAGCCUGAUGGUGUGUGAGCUGGCCGGCAACCCCUUCAACUGUGAGUGCGACCUCUUCGGCUUCCUGGCCUGGCUCGUGGUCUUCAACAACGUCACCAAGAACUACGACCGCCUGCAGUGCGAGUCGCCGCGGGAGUUUGCCGGCUACCCGCUGCUGGUGCCCCGGCCCUACCACAGCCUCAACGCCAUCACCGUACUCCAGGCCAAGUGCCGGAACGGCUCACUGCCCGCCCGGCCCGUGAGCCACCCCACGCCCUACUCCACCGACGCCCAGAGGGAGCCGGACGAGAACUCGGGCUUCAACCCCGAUGAGAUCCUUUCGGUGGAGCCACCAGCCUCGUCCACCACGGAUGCGUCGGCAGGGCCUGCCAUCAAGCUGCACCACGUCACGUUCACCUCGGCCACCCUGGUGGUCAUCAUCCCACACCCCUACAGCAAGAUGUACGUCCUGGUGCAGUACAACAACAGCUACUUCUCCGACGUCAUGACCCUCAAGAACAAGAAGGAGAUCGUGACGCUGGACAAACUGCGGGCGCACACGGAGUACACCUUCUGCGUGACCUCGCUGCGCAACAGCCGCCGCUUCAACCACACCUGCCUGACCUUCACCACGCGGGACCCCGUCCCCGGAGACUUAGCGCCCAGCACCUCCACCACGACCCACUACAUCAUGACCAUCCUGGGCUGCCUCUUCGGCAUGGUGAUCGUGCUGGGAGCCGUGUACUACUGCCUGCGCAAGCGGCGCAUGCAGGAGGAGAAGCAGAAGUCCGUCAAUGUCAAGAAGACCAUCCUGGAGAUGCGCUAUGGAGCUGAUGUGGAUGCUGGCUCCAUUGUGCAUGCUGCCCAGAAGCUGGGCGAGCCUCCCGUGCUGCCCGUGUCUCGCAUGGCCUCCAUCCCUUCCAUGAUCGGGGAGAAGCUGCCCACCGCCAAGGGGUUGGAGGCUGGGCUGGACACGCCCAAGGUGGCCACCAAAGGCAACUAUAUCGAGGUGCGCACAGGCGCCGGUGGGGAUGGUCUGGCUCGGCCCGAGGACGACCUCCCGGACCUCGAGAACGGCCAGGGCUCUGCUGCAGAGAUCUCCACCAUUGCCAAGGAGGUGGACAAGGUCAACCAGAUCAUUAACAACUGCAUUGAUGCCCUCAAACUGGACUCGGCCUCUUUUCUGGGAGGCGGCAGUGGCAGUGGGGACCCCGAGCUGGCCUUCGAGUGCCAGUCCCUCCCUGCAGCUGCUGCCGCCUCCUCAGCCACUGCCCCCGGGGCCCUGGAGCGGCCCAGCUUCCUUUCACCUCCCUACAAGGAGAGUUCCCACCACCCACUACAGCGCCAGCUGAGCGCCGACGCGGCCGUGACCCGCAAGACCUGCAGCGUGUCGUCCAGUGGUUCCAUCAAGAGCGCCAAGGUCUUUAGCCUGGACGUGCCCGACCAUCCGGCCGCCACAGGGCUGGCCAAGGGCGACUCCAAGUACAUCGAGAAGGGCAGCCCCCUCAACAGCCCGCUGGACCGGCUCCCACUGGUGCCGGCGGGCAGUGGUGGGGGCAGCGGCGGGGGCGGGGGCAUCCACCACCUGGAGGUGAAGCCAGCCUACCACUGCAGUGAACACCGGCACAGCUUUCCCGCCCUGUACUACGAGGAGGGUGCCGACAGCCUGAGCCAGCGCGUGUCCUUCCUCAAGCCGCUGACCCGCUCCAAGCGUGACUCCACCUACUCACAGCUCUCCCCCAGACACUACUACUCAGGGUACUCCUCCAGCCCUGAGUACUCAUCCGAGAGCACGCACAAGAUCUGGGAGCGCUUCCGGCCCUACAAGAAGCACCACCGGGAGGAGGUGUACAUGGCCGCUGGUCACGCCCUGCGCAAGAAGGUCCAGUUUGCCAAGGAUGAGGAUCUGCAUGACAUCCUCGAUUACUGGAAGGGGGUCUCGGCCCAGCAGAAGCUGUGACCCCCCUUCCUCCCUGGUGAGGUCGGAGCCAGAGGGCUGGGGGCCCUUUGGGGGAAGGGUCCAGGCGGCCGGGGCGGGGAGCAGACUCGGGGGCCGAGGCCCAGGAGAGGACGCACAUGCAGACCCGCACGCACGCACGCACACACACACCUGACCACCACCCGACUGUGAACAAACCAACAUCCGACAAUAACGGACAGGAAAACAGAGACACAUUUUCCUUAAAGUUUACAAACUGAUACCGAAACCAGUCGUCUACUGUGCUGCCCAGGGACUCUGCUGGGGUGUGCAGGGCCGGGGGCCGGCGUGGGGAGGAAGGAAGCCAAGAGAGGGUGUGGGGUCUGGGGGUCUGGGGCUAGAAACAGGUGUGGGGACCAAGAAGGCUCGGGUAGAGAGGGACUGAAGCCCCUCUGGGGUAGGGAGAGGGUCCCCUCCCAAGCUGGGGGUGAAGUCACCUGCAGAUUUAGCAUUAGACAGACAAUGGGCAAUGUCUCCUUCCACUUUAGAGAGGGGGAAACUGAGGCCCAGAGAAGGGAGUUGACAACCCCAGGGUCACACAGCAGCUUAGCCUCAAGUCCCCCAACUUCCCAGCCCAGUCCUGUCCCAGACCCCCUGCAGCUCCCUUGUGGACCCCUUCCUGCCUUCCACCCACCCUACAUCCCUUUCUGAAGUUCUCCCCUUGGGGCUGAGGGACUUGAGAAUCAGGCAGUGCUUUUUCUUCCUAGAAAGCCACAUGACAGUGCCCCCAGAGCGUGCAGCUGUGAUUCAGAAUCCUGGGGGGCUUUUGCCCCCUACGCCAGCACCCAGGAGAAGGGAGAGGGUCCUGUUGAUGGGAAAGGAGCCGAGGCAGGGCGACAUUCCACCAGCCCACUUCAAGUGUCUUCCACGCGGCCUGGGAAGAGUAGGGCGUGUGGCGGGCAGGCCAGCUACCAGGACAUCUCAGGUGCAGGUCCCCGGCCUCAGCUUCUCUGGUCCUCCGAGACCCCUGCCCACUGCAGAAGGGCAGCAGUGCACUGUGAUGCCUGGGGGGCUGCAGGGAGGAGCUGUCAUGGGGGACUUCCUGCCUGUCCCCAUGGCCUGCGUCCCCACCUGCCCGACCCCAUCGUGGGAUCUCGGCUCCUGUCUCAGCUGCCCACCCGGGGAAGGAGGGCUUUCUUACCCACCCACUCUGGGCUGCUCAUCCAGGCCUGGCCCCCUGGCCAGAGGGGCUCCCAUGUUUCCAUGGCAAUGGCCACUCCCCUUUUUCUGACCCCCCACCCAACAUCAAACAAAGCACAAACAGUGAGGCCCCCACCCGAGAGGGGCGGGGAGCAGGUUGGGUUCAUGGCGCCCUGCCCCCUCCCAGGCGGCCUCUGUCACCAUGGUAACCCUGUGCCUGGCAGUUGGUGCCCAGAGUGACCGUUGGGCUCUGGGGUUCUCUGUCCGUGUAGGCGGUGGCAGAGGGUGGUGAGGGUGGUGAGGGAGGCCCAGCCUGGCAGCAGCUCCUGGGGCCAGCUCUUUUGGGAGGCAAAUCUGGGGUCCUGAUACUGGGGUCUUGACCAGUCAGGAUGCUGAUGGGCUGAAGUCCAUCAUCCUUCACCUCUGGGUGGGAGCUGGGCCAGUGGGGUGUGGGAACGCUUGUACUAGCAGCUUUGCCUGCCUAGCAACGUGUCCCUUGGCUCCCACCCACCUCAGCAUGGGGGGGCCUUGGCUCUCCCCACAGCCCUGCCGGAGACCUCCAGUCUUGGGCCUGUGGCCCACAUGGGUUUCCUGAGAUUUGGGGAGUGUGACUGAGGGGUGAGGGUAGGCACUGGAGUGGCACCAAGACUGGCACUGUUGGUGGGGAGGGGCUCUGACCAGGAAAGCUAGUGCCAUCCCCUAGGGGACCCCAACGACCUUCCUGCUGGGGGCAGGGGGUGGGGGAGGACAGCAGAGGGCUAGGAGGCUUGGGCUCAGCUGAGCACCUCUCUCACACCAACUUUGGGUGAACAAAGCCCAGGGCUCACUUUGAGAGUGACGUUUGCAAAGAAAAGACUGUUCUCCCGGGGCGAGGAGGGGAGGGGGCGGCAUGGAUGCGCGGAGCAGACCUCCCUCCCCCGGCCCCCAAAACCUGCCCCCCAACCCCUCCUCACACCCAGUCGGCACAACUGAGAAAAGCAAGCAGGCAGAGAAGCCAGGGGUGUGAGGAAGCAGACUCCCUGUUAUAUUUGCAUGACGAUUUUACUGUAUUUUUCUGAGCAAACAUCUGUCGUGUAUGUGCCAGUUUGUCCAGACUCCCCCGCCCCCUCUCUGAUGCCCUCCUUUCCCACAUUCCGUCUGUUGUGAUCUGACGAGCAGCUCUUGAAACCCAGGGAGGGGUCAGCUCUGCAAAAACAGACCCAAAACAGGUGCCACCAAGACACAGCCCUGCCCCACACCCACCUCCUGUGUUUCGAGCAUUGGGCCCAAGUGCCACCUCCCUUCCGCCCUCCCUCCUUUGCCACCUCCCUUGUCCCUAGUUCCUUCCCCUCCUCCAUGCCAGGGAGGGCAGCCCCAGGGAAGCCUCCUCAAGGGCUUGUGUCCCGGUGGAAGGGACUGUCUCUCAGUCCCGCUUGUUGCCAUUUUGCAGAUGAAGAAGUCAGGGCUCCCAGACAGGGGCCUGGUGACUUGGCUGGCCAGCUGGGGUGGAGGAUCAGUCACACUGCUGAGUAUAGGAGGCCAGGAGCUUGAGGCUUCUUGGGGGGCUUCAUGCAGAGGCUGGGGGCUUUGAGAAAGGAACCCGUGGGAAGAAGGAGCACGCCUGGGGUGGGCCCCAGGGAGGGUUCCCGGCAGCAGGAGUUGGGGGCCCGUGCUUACCAUUUCCCCAUCGUUCCUGCGUGAAGAUAUCUAUCAAAACCUCAGACUCUGACUGCGGGGACAGGGGCCCUUCUAAAGAGCAGGACUCUGAUCAUCCACCGGGGGAACUGGCCUUGAAGACCCAGUUCACGUGGUUCUUUGUGAGGCCGAGCAGGGUCUAAACUCGGGUCUCUGGCCUCCCGGCCAGGCCAGAGCCCACCCCGAGGCUGGCCUGCAUCUGUGUCCCGCAUCCUGCUCAGGACGAGUUUUUCCCAGGCAGGCAGGAAGUAUUCACAAAACGCUGCCAUGCAAGGUCUGGGUUUGUGAUGGUGAUGAGCAUGGUGGAGCUGGGCUGUGGUCUGGGGCAGGCCAGCAGGGCAGACACCAGGAGAGGAGGACAGGGGGGCCACAGGGAGGGAGGGGAGAUGAGGGCUCGGUGGAGCAAGGGGCCAAGCUGGCUGAAGGACAUGUGGGUGCUGCGCCCUGGACGGAAGCCUCCUGCCUUGGGCCCGAACGAGGUCACACCUGGGCUUGCCUGCCUCUGUUGGAGAAUCUCCUCUGAAGCUGUUUCUGGGAAGUAGCAUGAUGGAUCUGCUCCUUCCUGGAGGGCACAGCAGGUGCAGCUAACCCUCUGCUGGAGCUUAUGGCCUUCCAGAAGCAAAACACAGAGGUCUGGAAGGAAGGCAGGGAAGCCUGGUUGGUGGGGAAACCUCGUCACAGGUCCCGGCCUUGCUUCUCCCCACGGCAGGAGGAGUCUCUCUCUGCCCACCAAAGAUUCCUCACCUGGGCUCCCUUCCUGGGGCAGUGCAGGAGGCCUGUGGGGGCAGCCUGCGUCCAGGCUGGGGAGCCCGUGUCUGGGUAGGUCUGGGAAAAGGGCUGUCAGGGGAGUGAGGAGGGUGGGAGUAAAAAGACCCACUUGGGAAGGCCAGGCCUGGAUCGCCCUCGGGAGGCAGCUGGGGCAAGGCAGCAGCAGUGGGGAGUGUCAGGCUGGCUGAGAGUCAUCCAUGUUCUCAACUGGAAGUUGGUCGCCUGCCCCACCCCCUCCUGGAAAUUGAACAGAGAGGGGAAAAGAAGUGCAGAGAAGGAAAGGAGAGGAAAGGAAAGCUAGAGUCAAGAAACGAGGUAGCGACAGUGCUAAGGCCGGGAUGGCAUCAGGAAUGAGGGACAACAGUGACAGGUCCCGGCUUAUAAGGGGCCUAAGUGCAGGGAAGGGAUAGACACAAUGCUCUCUAGUGACUGGUGCCUUUUGCAGAAAAUUUAAAUGGGUGAUGGGGUGGGGAGGGGCAAAGCUGGUCAGGGAGCGUCCCUUGUGGGAUGGGGGGACAGGGAGUCAAGCUCUGAAUGACAAGAGGAGCCAGAAGGGUGGGUGGGUGGGUGUGAACACGAGACUGGAGGGAGUGGGGUUGUAGUGGCUGCCUGCCCCCCAAGCCCCGCCUCUGUCCCCUACUACUCUGCCCCCUGGCCCAGCAGAGCCCCCUUUCCAUGAAUGUGGAUGGGUGGGGCAAGCCACUGGGGAGCCUGGGGAAGCUCAGCCCUGAGGGGUUUACUUUGCCCGUGGAAGCCAGUGUGAAGGUUGGGGCAGCCUUGCCCGACCCCAUUGCCAUCUCUCCUCUCUGACGAGGUGGCUGCUCCGGAGGUGGCUGAGCCCCAGGAGAGGGGACCUCCUCUAACUCUCACGCUCAGAUUCCAUCCCGACACACUCCCCACCCCCGACCCUGGGUCCUCCCACCUCUAACACAAAACCAGGGUCCAUACUGCUUGCCUCCAGAGGCAGCCUCAGCCCUCAACUAAAGGUCAGGCAGUCCUGCCGAGCAGGAGGGAGAGGAAAGGGGUCCUGUAGGGUGGGCAGGAUGGUCUGGGCCUGCUCCUCCUUCCUCCUGCCCCUCUGCCACUCCACACUCCAGCACAGGGCUAGGACAGGGGCUUGGAGUUCCUGCAGUGGUGGCCACACUUCCUUCCCUCCUUCCCUCCCUCCCUCCCUCCGUCCGGAGCCGCCAGUCCCCAAGUUGGCUGUGGUUGGGCACCUGGUUUGGGUCCUGCAGAGCUGGGCUCAGGCCCUGGGCUCUGAACCUGUGAACCCUUGCUGUGUGACAAACCUUUCCUUCCUCUGAGGGCCUUGAACCCUCUCCUUUUCUUCUUUUGGGGGUGGGGGUUAACUUUAUUUUCUCUUCCCUAUAUCUGCCUCUCUCCCUCCCCUCAAUUUCCUGUUUUAAAACUGAAUGGCACGAAAUUGUUUUCCUCAACUCGGAGAUUCCUGUAUGGAGAGAAUCAAUUUCUAUAUUUGCAAUAAAUUUCUUAUUUAAAGCUA